GCGCCAGCUACUCUGCUUCCUUGGCGGCGCGAUUGCACCGUCGUGGCCUCGGCUGCGCCGGAGACGCGCAGCUCCAGGUGGCUGCGCGCACCCAUCCAAGCUCUCGGACGCGGUGUGAGCUCGCUCGUGGCAGAGGGUGACGUCCGCGGCGCCGUCUGCUGUGUCCCAUGACACUGCGUUUUCCAUACAAUCGCCAAGUGCAAAGUGGGCACUCGGCCUUUCUCAGCACCAAAAAUUAGGCUCCCUCGGUAGAGAGUCCAGCGCGUCAGACCAACUGGGUUGCCAGAAGCAUGGCACAUGCCAUUUGUGUACGUCCGCUACCUGAACCAUCACGCGUUGUUGUCGAGCCACUAGCGAAGGAGGUAUGACCAAGUACGUUGCCGACCAAGCCGACGCGCUGCGCGGGAUCGAUGUCCUGCAAGGCGUGCCCGUCUCGGGCUGGAAGCCAGACGCGCACUCGGACCGGUGCAACGCCUGCGUCAAGAAGUUCCGCCUCUUCCGCCGCAAGCACCACUGCCGCGUCUGCGGCGAGAUCUACUGCUACAAGUGCCUCCAAGAGCGCUACGUCCGCGUCCCGCUCGCUGGCACAGCGCUGACGCUCGCGUGCAUGUGGUGCGUCGACAGCGCGCCGCAGGAUGAAGCGCUCUCGCGCGGCGUCCCGUCCACGCGAAGGUCGCUCUUUAGCCUUCCGCGGUCGACCGAGUCGGACGUGACGCUGCCACCACCGCCGCCCGUCGUCAAGUCGUUUCCGCUGGCGUCGACGCACCCGAUGCUGUCGCCGAUUCAUGGCGUGCCCAAGCUCCGCAGCGUGCAGCUCAAGGCGCCGUCAAGCACCGUCGACUCGCUCGCUGGCAUCUGCGCGAGCAUGUGCGACGCCAUGGACUGUGCCUUUGGCGCGCUCGUGCUCUACACGGAAGGCGCGCCGCUCACGGUGCUCACGCAGCAGGGUCUUGGCGCGUUCGUCAUGGGCGAAGCCUUUCGCCUCCUCUGCAGCCGCGCGGUCCUCGCCGGCCGCAUCUGCUGCGUCAACUACUCGUCCGGCGUCUUUCAGUUUUGUGCCACCGCGCCGCUUCAAGAUCCAAGGACGCACGAGGUGUAUGGCUGCGCAGUGGUCCUCGACGCAUACGAGAAGCCGGGUUUGAACCCAGCACUGGUGCUACCCCACUUUGCCAAGCUCUCAAUCGAGAAGCUACUGAGCAUGGACCCCAAGCUGCGCCGCGCGCGACCGCUGUGCAGCUCGUACCACGAGACCCACGCCAAGCUUAUCUCGAUUCGAAGGAUACCCAAGACGACCGAGCCGCGCCUGACCCAGUAGACAAUAUUGAGAAUAUUAGAUAGACAAAAGAGGAGACCCAUUUUAACCUUCAACGACGACCGUCACCUGCUAGGGCUAGGGUACGUAAAGGGUUAGGGUACCGUCCGCAGGGCAGAAUCCCCAUGCUUCGUUGAGGGCGAUGG